AUGUGGUCUUUCUCCGCGAAUAAUCCCCCGGAGGCUGCAACGCCGUCGCCGGAUGUCCCUGCGACAGACGAACCUCAGAAUGACGGAUCAAAGCUCAAAACCUUCAUCUCGAUUCUAAGAAAGUUUAUAGGGGUCGCCGACCUCGCUUCCGUUCGAUUCUCCCUGCCAUCACAACUUCUCGAACCGACCCCGAAUCUCGAGUACUGGAACUAUCUUGAUUCCCCAAAUGCCUUCAUCGCCAUCGGAACGGCAGACGAGCCGGUCGACCGCAUGCUGGAAGUGUUGCGUUUCUGGUUUACAAAGGACCUCAAAUAUGCAAAAGGGAAGCCCUGCAAGCCUUACAACUCUUGCUUGGGCGAGUUCUUCAGGUGUAACUGGGAAACCGAGGAUGACGCUCCCAAGAUUGAUACGAGCGCGCUGCGAAGAAACAGUAGCAGCCCUGGAAGCAGCGCGUCCAGCAUGAAGUCGGCAAAGCUCUCCGUACCAGCAGGACUUGGAUCUGGGGAUGCUAGGGCUGCCUCAACCGUCUCGGUCUCACAGUCAGCCAAGAACCCCGCAAAGCCAGUCCGGGUUUCCUACUUGACGGAGCAGACCUCUCACCACCCACCCGUCAGUGCUUUCUACGUCAGCUGCCCGGAGAAAGGGAUCCAUGCCAAGGGUUUUGACCAGAUCACGGCCAAGUUUACGGGUACUUCAAUCAAGGUGAUGCCAGGAGAGCACAACCUGGGCAUCUUCAUCACAGUGGAGCGUCGCGAUCAUGAGACGUACCAGCUCACGCAUCCUGCUGCGCAUUUGGGCGGUAUUCUCAGGGGCGCCCUGAGUGUGAGUGUUGGUGACAUGGCCUACGUCACAUGCCCCGAGACCAAACUCAAGGCCAUUUUGCGCUACUACGACGACGGCUGGCUCGGCCGGGACAACGAACAAAGUCGAGGGCAUCAUCUUCCGAAUUCCCACCCCCCCGAGAACCAAAUCACAAUCAUCGACAUCGCCCCUCUUGCUGUCGCGCCUAAGGUGCUCCCGCCUUCCGAAAAGCAGCUGCCCAACGAGUCCUUGCAACUCUGGGGAGAAGUGACCAAAGCCAUUCUUGCCAAACAGUUUUCGCGGGCGACGACAGUUAAGCAAGAGCUCGAGGAAGCCCAGCGUGAGAAGGCCCGCGAGCGUGAGCGGACAAAAGAGACGUGGAAACCCGUCUUCUUCGAGCAGGCUACCGACAAGGCCGGCAAGCCGUCCUUGACAGACAAGGGUAGAGAGGUCCUCAACCGGGCGCAGAAGGGGGAUUGGAGUAUGGAUGGUAUCAUUUCUCAAGAAGUUGUUUGA